UUGAAUAGCCGGGUAAGAGAAUUAGCUGAAGUUAAGCAACAGUGGCGCACUAUGAAACUUGAUGCAAAGAAAAACAUGUCGCAAGUAAAGACAUCUAUCAAAUGUACUGGUGGAGGGCCAAAACCUCUUAGCCCUGACCCAGAAACCAUUGACAUAUUGAGCAUGAUUCCACAGGAAUUUGAAACUGAUUCCAAUGUCUUCGACAGUGACAGCAUAACAAAUUCAGUGGUUCAAAGUCAGGAGCAGUCCUUGGUGAAUACACCAACACAAGAUUAUUUUAUCACUCCAGGAGAUAAUAAUGAGAAUGUGCAAGAGAAUAUUACACCACUACCUUUUAAGAUGCCAACUGAAAUAGUUAGAAGAAAACGGAAACUUACAUUCAAUGAUGUGAAUGAUAAUAAAUAUACAGCUAAACGUGAGGAAAGAGACUUAACCAGAGAGCGCAAUCAUAUUCUUGUCAGUUGCAUAAAGGAGGAACAUGGUUUAAAAAUGAAAAAUAUGUUAGAAGCUCAUAAUUUUAUUAAAGAGGAACACAAUUUAAAAAUACAACAAAUGUUAUUGGAAAAAGAAGAAACACAGCUUCGAGUUGAAAAACUAAAAUUAGAAAUAUUACUUUUAAAAACAAAUUUACCACAAUAA